UCGGCGGCGAAUGUGUUUCAUCUCAGUAGCCGACGCCACUUAUUUGAGAAGACCUAUUUGUAUAUCACGGAAUUUAGGAGAAUACCUGUGAUGGAUGAACCGCACGACUUUCAGUUCGUGCUCCCCCUGAAUUCCUCGGAUCUUAUAAACUCCAGUGGGGAUCAGUUCUACGUGAAGGAGAUAUUUGGCAGCGCCGAAAUCCCACAGAAAUUGCUAGAAUGCAAGCGAAAAGUUCAUCAAGGCGAUCCUUUCUAUAUCUUCGACCACUUUGACAUAUACUACUCGGUUCUGGAAGUCCAGGGUUCCGAUGCCAGCUGCAGCCAGAAUCUAAUGAGGUCUUUCGAUCUCCUUUACUUGACUGUGGACAAACUGUUCCAGGACCUUCACCCUCUGCUGGCAGCCAGCGAGCCCAUGUCCAACCAGCAGCGCAAUAGCUACUUGAAUCUGACUAAGAUGACCCUCUUCCUCCAAGUGAGCGUCGUCAAGAAGCUCAACAAUUGUGUGCAGCAGGCUCUGCGGGAUCAGCAGGUCAAUAUCCAGAAGAAGAGGGCAAAGCAGUCGGAGGCAACGGAGCACUUCCCAAACUGGGACGUCAAGCGAUCCAAAUUUCUCGUGCAGCUCUUUAAUGUUAUGCAGUGCCCGCUGGAAAAGCUCUGGAGUCCGCCUGUCGCCGAAGACGACUUUAUUUCAUUGCUCUGCGAUGUCUGCUAUAGAACCCUCGAGCUACAACCGCUACGUCCAGACAACAAAAACGUAUUCGACACGAUCUUUCAGAUCUUGGGCACCUCGAUCAAGCGUUUUAACCAGGCCAUGACCUUUCCGGUCCGUAUCCUGCAGAUUCUGCGCGGCACUGAACACGCGGCAACGUCCGUAGCCACCGGCAUUCUACUGCUGCACGAGGAGUACGGAAUCUCGUCCGUUUUUUCCAUUCUGAUUAAGAGCAUUGUGGACGCCCUGAAGCUGGACAGUUCUGACUCCACUGUGUCGAAGCACUUCUCCAAUUUCCUGGCCGAGUUCUCAAACAUCGCCCCUUCGCUGAUCAUCCCGCAUCUGGAAAAGCUGGCCGAUGACCUCUUAGAUUGUCAGUCACACACAUUACGCAAUUGUGUGCUGCAGAUCAUCGGGGACACGGUGGUCAGUGAACUGACCUCGGAGGAACUCAGCGAAGAGCUGAAGGAAGUGCGCAACGAGUUCCUAGAGCAUCUAAUGGCUCACAUCUUGGAUAUUUCGGCGCACGUGCGCUCUAAAGUCCUGAGCAUCUGGCACCACUUAAAAGUACAGCACGCCAUUCCGCUUAACUUUCUAACGAGAGUGUUGGACGAAGCCAUCGGAAGGCUGGAAGACAAGAGCUCCCUGGUGCGGCGUACCGCCAUGCAGCUAAUCAAAUCCGCCCUAGAGAGUAAUCCCUAUUGCAGCAAACUUUCCCUGGAGGAACUGCGGGCCAAGCAUGAGCACGAGGUUCUGGCCAUGGAGAAACUGAAUGAUGUCUUGGAGGAAGAGCGCAAGCAGGAGGAACAACUCAAUACUGAGUUCAGCACCCUGGCGCCCGAACUACUGCCCUUCAUUGAGGCUAACCUAACGGAGUUCCCUGAUAUGCAGUUCGACAAGGAGGAGAGCGACGAGACCUUGCUGGAGAGAAUCGUGCCGCUGAUGCGCGAAAAGAACUACAAGGACGUAAUUGUUCUGGUGCGAAAGGUUGACUUUUUGGCUGGCAAUCAGAAUAUGAGCUCCUUACUGAAACACGAAGAGCACUGUGUGUAUGUGCUGGCCUUGCUAAAAACAUAUCACCUACUGGCCGCAGGAUUCAAGCAGAGUAGCGAGGAGAUGCUGCAACAGAUCAAAACGGUGCAGUUCCUCAAGGACAGCAUAGACUUCGCGGUUCUGGUGACAUCGGCAUUCCCUAAGCUGCACGAAAUGCUCAUGUCCAAAACGAACACUGAUGUUUUCGAGGCUGUUGAUCUGUUUACCACCGGCUACAUGUUUGGGAUACACGGCACAGAGUCGGGAAUGCAGAGGAUGCUACAGUUGGUCUGGUCCUCGGAUAAGGAGAAGCGUGAUGCCGUGUCCGAUGCCUACAAGCGAGUUCUGUUUUCCACAGACCAAUCGGGCCGUGCUCACGCUAUCCUAGUGGUUCAGAACUUGUCCAAGUUCCUUUCGGAGAUCGAAUACGGACACUACACGGCCAUGGAGUCGCUGAUGGCAGAGUGGGUGUUAGGUGGAGAUAUCGACGCCGCUGUCAUCCAAGUGCUCUUUGAGCGCUUCACUCUCAAGCUGGAGGGCACCACCGUCAACGAAUCACGCCUGUCUCUCCAGCUCUUAAUCAUGGCUUCGCAAACAAAAGCCAGCAUUGUUUCGGCCAACAAAUUGAUCAUCGAGGACAUUGCCGCCGGGGAUCGGGUGCGCCGCGAUCCUCGCAUUUUCACCAGCUGUCUGCAGUUGCUGGUCAACUCGAUCGAUGCCAACAAUAAUGCCAAGUACUACAAGCGCCACAACAGCGAUUCGGAGUUUGUGGGAAAAAUCACGCGGCUCUUUCUAGACUUCUUUUUUCACAAAAAAUUGUCGGAUUUUGAUGCUUUGGCCAUGAGUGUGUUUGAGUAUUUCUACAGGAUGUGCCAGGCGCCGGAUGUGAUUGCCCAGCAGUUGGUGGUGACUCUGCUCAAACGAUUUAACGAGAGCUGGUUGGUCAAGGAGGCAGCUGCACUUGAAUCCUCGCCAGUCGUGGGGAAUAAGGAGAACGUUCCGGAAUCGCAGCCCACGGAAAUUCCUUACUCGCAGACUCUCCCCCUCACCCAGAGUCAACCAGAUAACCUCCUCCAGUCUGAUCGCAGUCUGAUGCCCGUUUUUCUGGUCACCCGUUUAGUAUUCUGUAUCGGCUAUAUGACCAUCAAGGAAAUGAUCUUUCUUGAUAUGGACAUCUAUAAUAAUAUGAAAUACCGCGAUGAGCUCACUGCGCAGGAAGAGCGAAAAAAUCGUAAUCAACUGGCGGGAAAUGCCCAGAACGCGGCCAGCAGACUAACUCUCAAUUUGUCAGCUAUGGAGGUGCGGAAGAGACUAUCUGGAGUAGCUGCCGAACCGCAGCAGGAGCCGGAUGACGAUCUGGUUGGGGCAACGGCUGAGGACAAUAUAGCUGAGGAAAUCAACGGUAUCUGCGAGGAAAUGCUGCUGUAUAACUCCGAUGCUCUGCUGGCCAAGCUAUCGCCGUUUAUCAUCGAGAUUUGCAAGCGUCCCGGAGAAUUCCGCGACGACAAGUUGCAGCAGGCAGCCACCUUGGCUCUAGCCCGUCUAAUGACCGUGUCCUCCCGGUUCUGCGAGUCCAACAUGAGUUUUCUGAUGAACAUCCUCAACCUGACCAAAAACAUCCGCAUCAAGUGCAAUACAGUGGUGGGCCUGUCGGAUCUGACGUUCCGUUUUCCGAAUAUCAUCGAGCCGUGGACGGGACACUUCUACGCCCAGCUGCACGAAUCGAAUACUGAGUUACGGCUGACCGCCGUCAAAAUGCUGUCCCAUCUGAUUCUAAACGAGAUGAUACGUGUGAAGGGCCAAAUCGCCGACAUGGCGCUCUGCAUUGUGGACGGGAACGAUGAGAUCCGCAAUAUUACCAAGCAGUUCUUCAAGGAAAUUGCCAACAAGUCCAACAUUCUGUACAACGUCCUGCCGGACAUUAUCUCCCGUCUGGGUGAUAUCAACCUUGGUUUGGACGAGGACAAGUACCGCAUAAUCAUGUCCUACAUCCUGGGUCUCAUCCAGAAGGACCGCCAGAUCGAGACGCUGGUGGAAAAGCUGUGCCUGCGGUUCCCGGUGACUCGCGUUGAGCGUCAGUGGCGCGACAUCGCCUACUGCCUUGGCCUGCUCAGCUACAACGAGCGAUCGGUGAAAAAGCUUAUGGACAACAUGCAGCACUACAAAGACAAAGUCCAGGUGGACGAGGUCUACCAGUCAUUCAAGCUUAUCAUCAGCAACACUAACAAGCUGGCCAAACCGGAGCUCAAAGCCGUUGUCACCGAGUUCGAGAACCGACUAAACGAGUGCUUGCAGGUCAAUCCGGACUCAUCGGCGCAACCCGGCGAUAAGGCCACUGGAGCUUCGGAAGGACAGGCUAACAGAACCCAAACGGCCAGGACGAAAAAAGGUGGGCGUAAGCCGGCCGCCAACAAGAAGACUGCUGCGCGGGGACGCGGAAGACGCACUCGCAUAGAAUCCAGUUCAGAUGAUAGUCCCAGUAGCGACAGUAGCGAUUAGUUUAUCUUCUUACUUAUACAAAUCGCCGCGUUGGUAAACUUAAUGAAGUUUUUAAAAACAUUUAUCAACUUACAAAAUAGCAAAAAUGAAGUUUAAAAAUCACGUUUUUUAAAAAUAAAUCUAAAAUACUGAACCUAAA